AUGAUCUCCGGGAUGCGUCCAGUGUCCGGUCGCACUUCGGGGAGGCGGCUGGCCCUGGGGCUUCGCAUUCAGCGCUGCGGACUUCAUGUUGAUGGUCGAAAUCGAGUUUCAAAUUUCUGGAUACCCACUGCUGGUAAAGCUAAAAAGACAGGGGAUAAUGAGGAUGCCAAUGAUCUCCUGGUUCGAGGCGGAUUCCUUCGCCAGGCCUAUUCUGGUGUCUUCCAUUUACUUCCUCUGGGGCUGCGAGUGCAAGACAAGCUAGAGGGACUUAUUGACAAGUAUAUGCGUGGAUUGGGCGCGUCCAAGGUCUCUCUGUCCUCAAUAUCAUCACAGGAGCUCUGGGAGAAGUCCGGGCGACUCACCGAGGGCUCCGAGGUUUUUCGAUUCCACGAUCGUAAAGACACUCGUUUUCUUCUCGCUCCUACCCAUGAAGAAGAAAUCACUACACUAGUCGGAAGUCUCACAACGUCGUACAAGAGUCUUCCUUUGCGGGUGUAUCAAAUCACGAGAAAGUAUCGCGAUGAGCCGCGGCCGCGGCAAGGCCUUCUUCGUGGCCGAGAAUUUGUCAUGAAAGACCUCUAUACGUUUGAUUACAAUGUCGAGGAAGCACUCAAGACCUACAAGUCCGUGAAACAUGCCUACACGCAGCUGUUUGAUGAGCUCAAGAUUCCCUAUCUUGUUGCCGCCGCAGAUUCUGGAAACAUGGGCGGUAGUCUCAGCCACGAGUUUCAUUUCGUCAGCAACAAGGGCGAAGAUCGCAUAAUAAGUUGCUCAAAUUGUGAUCACGUGUACAACGAGGAGCUUGCAGAUGGCAAGACACACAUCUUCCACGAGUCUGCUGGCCAGAGCACUACGCCGGGCUUCCAGACAGAAGAUGCGCCUGCAGAAGGGGGCGCAACGAUAUCAAAUGGCAUGUGGAUGGCCAUUUCACAUGACGCAAGUACUCUUCUCCGGGGCUGGUACCCCAAGUAUUCCAUGCAGAAUGGUGCAACAGAGCCCGUCGAAAGGCAGGUCAAUUCGCACGCCGUCAAGGCCAUCGCUACCGCAGCUAGUGUGGAUCUCGACUUGAGCGUUGAGAAUCCAUUGGUAAAGUGGACCGCACAUGUCAAAUCGGGUGCUUCUACGCAAAAGCCCCGUGUUUUGGAUCUCUAUGACUCCCAAGUACGGGUCUACCAGCGUCCACCGCUAAGUGAUUUACUGGAGGAAGUUGGCUGCACCGCUGCAGAUAUCGAGUAUUCGAUGCUGGACCGGUUCCCUGGUACCGAGAACAAGCUCAGCCUUGUACGCGUCCACGAUGGAGACCGAUGCUCAAACUGCACGGAUGGACAUUUGACGAGUAACCCUGCUGUCGAGCUUGGCCACACCUUCCACUUGGGCACACGGUAUAGUGAGGUGCUCAAUGCCUCUGUAUCUGUCAGCCCCGCAGCGCUAAGUGGAUCUUCUGCAUCUAACACACAAUCUACGAAAGAGCAAAUUGUGCCGAUGCAAAUGGGCUGCCAUGGAAUUGGCGUCUCCCGCUUGAUCUCGGCUGUGGCAAACCGCUUAGUAGAUGCUAGCGGGUUGAACUGGCCUCGCGCAAUUGCUCCCUACGAGGUUCUAGUUGUUGCUGGGAAGGGUCUAGACUCUGUUGCUGAACAGGUCUAUGAUAACCUCGCAUCUAGCUCAAAGCCGGUGGACACCCUCUUGGAUGACCGUGACAAGGGAAUGGGCUGGAAACUAGGCGACGCAGAUCUUAUUGGGUACCCGGUCAUCGUGGUUGUCGGCAACGGCUGGAAGAACAAGCAAACACUGGAAGUCCAGUGCCGACGUCUGGGCGUGUGCCAGGACGUGUCUUUGGAUCAGUUACCUUCGUUUGUCGAAGGUCUUCUCUCGCAGCUGUGA